AUGUCCACUAAUGGUGAUUGUCAGCAUAUACUGAUGGGAAUGAGAAAAUGCAUACUGCAGCUGUCAGGAUUGAUAGUCAUGAGAAGCAAAGCGACACCGGUCCCAGUAGGAGUGAAUACCCUUGAUCACAAUGUCUUGCAGAUGGUCCUCGACCCAGCUCACGUCAAGCAGAAGAUGAAUUUUAAGGAGCAGACCAGCCAAAAUGAAUGCCGAUUACAUAGGCAAUAUCUUGUUGGACAUGGAAUUGAAGUUGAAAUUGCCAUAGUACCAUCGCCUAUCGAACAGGAGCUUCGGGUCUUUGAGUUUCAUUCCUUAGCAGAAGCUUCAACUGCCAGCCAUGAUAACCAAUUUCUUGAUAUGUCACUUACAUCCUUGACAAACGCUGCCACAAUUCCUAUCACGCUGGAAGCCAUGGCCACUGAAAGAAAUCAGCGCACCGGGUCCAUGGGGAAACUUGAUGAUCAAAUUCGGGAUCCGGUUAUCAACAUACAAGGCAUGAUUGAAGUCAACAUUGUCCUGGACAAUGAGACAGGAUACUCUGAUGUAUGGGGGAAGGUCACAAAGCCGGGCACCAUCUCGAGGGCGAACGAACAAACGGUGGUAUUGAUAACACAGCAAAAGGAAGGCUGCGGCGAUCAACAUCAUCAAUAUUAUUCCCAUUUUGGAAACAACUCUGAACUGGGAACUAUGAAAGCUGAUUCCCCUUGCUAUCAUCAUGCAAUGGAGCCGUCCUCUAUCCAUGCAUCUCCCAAACGACAUUCUGGCACAUCUUGCAACAGAAAAUAUUUUGAAUCUGGUAUAAAUGUUAAGCCAGAGACAUGUCAUUGGGCUCAAAUGCUUCGUCGAUAUUUGAAACAUUAUCCAGUACAAGUAUUGUUCAUAUUCCUGGCAAAGGGUUUUACGACAUUUGUAGGAGAAGCUGAAGGAUGCAACGACAACCAUGCACCACACAAAAGAAUGUUUCCAAAUGCCGCCUCCGAAGAGUUCAGCAUCGCCGCCAGACGCGAACUCAUCACGGCUUUCUUCCAUUGCCUUCCCAGCUUCACUUUCAUUCUUGCAGAUGAGGAACUUGGAGAAUUCCUGGACUGUCGAGACUUGCGUAAAUUCCAGAAACCUCAAUUUCCAGCCAUUUCUACUGUCCUAUGGGACUGGGACCUUGCAACUGGGCUCGGGGAUUGACAGCAGCGUGUCCCAAGGAUUCAGUGCUUGCCUCGAUCGGAAUUCCUUUGUCCGCUUAUUCCGGAAU